AUGGCUCCUAUACAUAAAAUAAUUAAGUUGUCGAUGGUCAUUUGGGUAUACAUGUUCUCUGGAUUUGAAAUUUACGCCCAAAUUAAUGUUUUGUUGUGUAACUUCAAUUCUCCUGUUCUCGCUUUAAUCUAUUUUUAUCGAAUGGUUUCAAUACUGAAAUAUGUAGUUGCUUCUGAUGUGGUUAAUGGUACUUGUGAUCCAGAUUGGCUACAAUUUAGAGACAAAUGUAUUUCUUUUUCCUCCAGCAUGAAGUAUGGAAAUGCGUUAAAGUAUUGCCAAGGAAUCAACAGUAGUUUGGUGGAAAUUGAUAGUGCAGAAAAGGAAGCAUUUAUUGGAAAUUCUAUUUCAGAUCCAUCAACUACUUACUGGUUAGGAUUGGUGGAUUUGGUUGGCAAUGAUGACUUUAACGAUCAUAUAUGGGUGCAAAGCAAUCGUUCCGUCAUUGCUACUGGCUAUCAAAACUGGGGUCCUUAUGAUCCCGACAAUAAGUUUCAUCGUUGCGUAAUUUCAAGCAAUUUGCCGCCUUAUGUAUGGCUUGAUCGGAAUUGUGAGGACACUUAUAAUACUAUAUGUGAAAAGAAUUCGAUGAAAGAUAUUAUGGCUUCGUCAACAGUUGGAUAUCCAAUGUCGUCGACUGCAGGAUUUCAAAAGUUUCAUAGGCAGUUUCCAUGGUUCUAUUAG